UCGUUUUCUUAUUUCUUCCCUCUCCGAUUACCAAUUACUCCGACACGACAAAAAUGGCCACCGACACCGCCGCCGAAAACCCACAACCCGACCCGGAGCCCGAACCCGAAUACGAAUCUAUACGGCUCAAAACCCUAGCCGAACAAAAAUACAGCUCCGGCAACCUCAAAUCAGCUCUCAAAUACGCCAAACGCGCCGUCAAUCUCCAUCCUACCGCUGCCGGUGUUUCCGAAAUCCUCACUGCCUUCAAAAUACUCCAUUCCGCCACCGUCCCCGUCAUAUCCGCCGCCUCCGCCGCUGCCGGAAUCGGCAAUUCAUCAGCUCCGGCGACUACCACAACUCCACCUCUACCUGACUACUACAAAAUCCUACAAGUAGAACGAUUUUCACGCACUGACACCAUAAAAACACAGUAUAAGAAGCUGGCGUUAGCUCUUCAUCCUGAUAAGAACCCGUUUGUAGCAUCCGAGGAGGCGUUUAAGGUUGUCGGUGAAGCGUUUAGGGUUUUGUCGGAUAAGAUUAGGAGGAAGGAGUAUGAUGUAAAGCUUAGAAUUGCUAUGCAAUCAGAAGCUGCUGUUGUGGCGGCGAAUGAGGAGGAGGGUGAUGAAACGGCGUCGUUUUGGACGGCGUGUUCGGGUUGUAAAUUGUUGCAUCAGUUUGAUAAGAAGUAUUUAGGGCAUAAUUUGAUGUGUCCAAGCUGUAAGAAGAGUUUCGAGGCGAUUGAGGUUGAGGAAAAUGGAGAGAAAAGAGUGAGUGAAAGGAUUAAGUUUAGGAAAAAUGUGAGCUUUGGUUGUUUGAGAAAGAGGGAGGUAGUGGGGAAGGGGAAAAUGCGGAGUGUUGGGGAGGUUUUGAAGAGGUCAAGUGGAAAAAUGACGAGAAAUAUUGAUGGAAUUGGUGUUCGAAGUCAGGUUGGAAGGGGAAAGGGGGUGGUAGAAGUAAGGGAUGUGGAUUUGGAAGGAGAUGUUGAGAGCGAUGAUGGUUUGAUUAAGGGGUUGAAGAGGAGUGCAAGUGGAAAAACGACGAGAAAUGUUGAUGCUAUUGGUGUUGGAAGUGAGGUUGGAAGGCGAAAGAGGGUGGUAGAAGUAAGGGAUGUGGAUAUGGAGGGAGAUGUUGAGAGUGACGAUUGUUUGAUUAAGGGGUUGAGGAGGAGUGCAAGUGGAAAAAUGACGAGAACUGUUGAUGAAAUUGGUGAGGAUACGGAAGAAGAUGUUGAGAGCGUUGAUGGUUGGAUUAAGGGGUUGAGAUCAAGGACUAAUGGUAAGGUGAGGAGAAAUGUAGGUGGAGGGGAAGAUACAAUGACGUUAGCUGAGAUGCAGUUGUUAGUGAAGAAGAAGGUGAAUAAGGAAAAGAUCCCGGUAAAAGAUAAGGGGGAAGACAAGGAGGAGAAUGUGAAAGCAAUGAAGUUCAAUUUAACGGAAAAGGGAAGUGAGAAAAGAAAGGAGAUGGAUUUGAGUUUGAUAGAAGAGGAAGAUGAUGUGGAGAUGGAGACGUUGAUUGCAAGGGUGAGAGAGAAUAGGAUGAGGCGCGGAGCUUUAAAGAGAGAUGGUUUGGAGGAUGGAGGAAGAAGAAGGGAUUCAAGUAGUAACAAGGGCAGUAAAGGGUUAAGGCAGGAUGAUUUGGAGAUAAUGGCGGAGAAUGAGAAGGAGAUAAUGUUUAAUUUAACGGAGAAGGAUAGUGAAAAAAGUAAGGAAACGAGUUUGAGUUUGAAUGAAGAGGAAGAUGAAGUGGAGAUGGAGGCACUGAUUGCAAGGGUGAGAGAUAAAAGGAUGAGGCGUGAGGCGUUAAAGGGAGAUGGUUUAGAGGAUGGAGGAAAAAGAAGGGAUUUAAGUAACAACAGGGAUGGUAAACGGUUAGCGCAGGAUGAUUCAGAGAUAAUGGCAGAGAAUGGGAAGGAGGAUAAUGAGAUAGGGAUGACGUUUAAUUCAAUGGAAAAGAAAAGUGAAAAAAGAAAAGAAACAAGUUUGAGUUUGGUAGAAGAGGAGGAUGAAGUGGAGAUGGAGACACUGAUUGCGAGGGUGAGAGAGAAAAGGAUGAGGCGUGAGGCAUUAAAGGGGAAUGGUUUGGAGAAGGGAGGAAGAAGAAGAAGGGAUUUAAGUAGCAAGAGGUGUUGUAAAGGGUCAAGACAGGAUGAUUCGGAGAUGAUGUCAAAGAAUGAGAAGACAAUGAAGUUAAAUUUAAUGGAAGAGGAAACAAAUUUGACUUUGAUAGAAGAGCAAGACGAAGCGGAGAUGGAGUCACUGAUAGCGAGGGUGAGAAAGAAGAGGACGAGGCGCGAGGUGCGAAGGUCAGAUGUUUUAGAGGAUGCAGAAAGAAGGCGGGAUUUAAGUAUCAACACAUGUACUUUAUCAAAAAGUAGCAAGAAGGGUAAAUGGCCUAGGCAAGAUGACCUGGAGAUAGUGGCAGCGGAAAGUUUUGAUCUUUAUAAUUUUGACAAGGAUAGAGUAGGGAGGAGCUUCAAGAAAGGACAAGUAUGGGCUGUUUAUGAUGACGAUGAUGGAAUGCCAAGGGAUUAUGCUCUGAUUGAUGAUGUUAUUUCUGUGUAUCCCUUUGAGGUGAGACUGAAUUUGUUGGAAUUUCAAAGUAAUAGCGACGAGGCACUACUGCAUUGGGGUAGAAGGGGUUUUCAUGUUUCUUGUGGGAAGUUUAAGGUUUCUAGGCAGAUUUUGGUUAAAUCUUUGAAGAAGUUUUCACACGUUGUUGAUAGUGAAAGAGCAGCAAGUGAGUUGUAUAGGAUUUACCCCACAAAAGGUUCAAUAUGGGCAGUGUAUAAAGAGAAUGCUUUAGGUGCUGGCAGCAGGUCUCUAAUGGAGGAUAAGCAAUGUUAUGAUAUUUGUGUAUCUUUGAGCAGUUACACUGACAUACAUGGUGUGAGUAUCGCAUAUCUUGAAAGAGUUGAUGAAUUCAGGACUAUUUUCAAGAGGAGAGAGGUAGGGGCUCGUGCUGUUAAGUUGUUAGGGAAGGAUGAGCUUAAGUUGUUUUCGCAUCGGAUUCCUGCAAGGAAGCUAUCAGAUGAAGAAGCCUCAAACAUCUCGAAGUACUGUUGGGAACUGGAUCCGUCUUCAUUGCCUCGUCCUAUUAAUUCAGAGAGUUAAAGAGUUUGCCAAAUCAGAUGGAAAUGGACUUCUUACGCUGACCUAUUACCACUUGAGAGUACCCUAAAACUGGUUUGCAUUGAGCACAAUGUUCAUUUAAAUCACUCUUUACUAGAAAGCUAAGUUGCUCGGACUUUCCAAAAAUGUGGCCGCAGUCGUGUCGGAUUCUUCAAAAAGCACUACCUUUGAAGGAUCUGACACACACCCAAUGACAUUUUUGAAGAGUCCGACCAGCAUAGCUACAAAGUACUCCGCUCACGUAUCAAAUUGUAUCUGAUUUGCUUGCCAUACUUGUGAAUAGAACAACCAAUGAUGUUCAAACAUCAUAUCAACAUGGCCUUUUUUGGUCUUAUAUUACACUUCCACAUUUGCACCA